UCAGGAUAAAUGCUUGAUUCUUUCCCUUUAUCAGUUUUCAAAAUAGAGUUGGUUUCCUAUCAUCAUCUGCUGAUUAGACUUUAAAAAAAUUAUUAUGAGCUGAUUGAUUUGAAUAUAUUUGAUGUAUUUCAACUCAUCGCAGUUACUAUCUUAUUAAUGAUCGUAAUAGUUUACAGGUAGGCUGAACGUUCAUGUCUGGAAGCUGUCAGUGUUACGUUAAAUGGCAAAAGGGAUUUUAUCGGUGGAUCUUGAGUUGGGGAGAUUAUCAUGGAUUAUCCGGAUGGUUCCAGUGUAAUCACAGGGCCCUUAUAACAGGGAGGCAGGAUAUCAGGGGAGAGGCGAUGUGACAAUGGAAGCAGAGAUGACAGUGCUGAACUUUGAAGAUGGAGGAAUGGAAGGAUUGCAGUUCUCAAACUGAAAAAGGCAAGUAAACAGAGUCUUCCCCUGGAGUAUCCAGAAGAACUAGGUAUGCUGACUCCUUGCUUUUAGCCCAUUGAAACUGAUUUCGGACUUCUGACCUCCAGAACUGUAAGAGAAUUCAUUUGUAUUGUGCGUGUGUGUGUGUGUGUUUUCCGCAUAGCAUGGCUUGUGGGAUCUUAGUUCCCCAACCAGGGAUCGAACCUGGGCCCUUGGCAGUGAAAAUUCAGAGUCCUAACCACCGGACUGCCAGGGAAUUCCCCAUUUGUGUUGUUUUUAAGGCACUAAGUUUGUGGUUAUUUGUUACAGCAGCAAUAGGAAACCCAUCGUUGGUCAAUGGGACUGUCAUCAAAUUGGGUGUCUACUAUGAUAAGAUGUUUUAGGCUCAUCUUGAACCUUUUCUGCCUCAGACCUGGAAACAGUAAUUUCUCUAGGGUAUUUGUUCCUUUGAGUGGCAAAUGGUAUUUUGAGACUACUAGAAGCAUUCAUGGAUUUGUCCUCUUUUUUUCCCCCCACUUAAAAAAUAUAUUUUUAAAUUGUGGAAAAUACAUAUAACAUAAAAUUUACCAUCUUAACCAAAUUUUUUUUUUUUUUUUGGCCGUGCUGGGCAGCUUGUGGGUUCUUAGUUCCCCAACCAGGGAUCAAACCCAGGUGCCCUGCAGUGGAAGCAUGGAGUCCUAACCGCUAGACCUCCAGGGAAUUCUCCAUCUUAACCAAUUUUAAGUGUACAGUUCAGUAGUGUUAACUGUAUUCACAUUGCUGUGCAACAGAUCUCUAGAACUUUUUCACGUUGCCAACCUGAAACAAUACCCAUUGAGCAACUCCCCAUUUGCCCAGACUACACCCCACCCCAUGGAUUUUUACCUUUAAAAAAAUGGGAAAGUAGUAUAGUUCUUUAGUAAAACCUUUUACAGGUAUGAUUAUUUUCCUCUAAACUUGUAGGUUUUUAAGACCCCGACUCCAUGCCAUUUUUUGGCUACUAAUCCCAGACCAUGUCCUUUAAAGAAUUCCAGGUAGCAAAGCAUCUAAAGGGGUGGCUGUUCUUCUAGAACAAACUGAGAGUUUUGGAAUGAAAUACAUUCCACACACAAAAUAAUGACCAUUUUAAGGUAUUCCCUGGACCUGUAGUUUGCUAAAGUGAGUGUAUUCUCAAGCCUGGUGAGACCCCCCCCCACCCACCAUGCAGAACUACAGCUAAUGUCCUGUGUCUGGGGUCUCAUCCAGCCGGGCUCUACCCUUUGGCUGAAGCUGUUGCCUAGCAGAAACACUGCGUGAACCUGUUCAGUUCAGAGCUUUAGGUUCUGCUCUCUGGCCAUGAGAAUUGUAUAAAGAACUUGUGAGAGGGAAUUCCCUGGCGGUCUAGUGGUUAGGACUCCAUGCUUCCAAGCCCAGUGGCCUGGCCAUAAAUAAAGAAAGAAGGAAUAGGAGGGGGUGCUUAGGGUUUACAAAAAAAAAAAAAAGAACUUGUGGGAGAGAGAAUAGUAAUGCAGAGGGAUAAAGAGUGCUAGUCUUUUGAUCUUCUGAAGAAGACCUACAGGCUGGUUUUUUUACUAUUGAUUGGGAAAUACCUGGUUUUGUUUUUAAAGCUCUGUGCUCUCAUUUGUAUCACGUGUUCACAAAGAAUACAUUCUGAAUCAUUUUCCUUUCCUCUUGCAGCAAGUGCUCAGAUGUUAAACACGCACACACACACACACACACACACACACACACACAUAUUCAAAAGAGGAAACAGUUGGAUAGGAACUCAGAAAUCAUGUGACUUAUGACUAAGUUAAAUUUUUUCUACUUAUUAAAAAGGAAGAGUCUGAUGACUAGUUACUGGUUGUCCUUGCAUUUUUGAAGUUUUGAAGAUACUGAAUCAUGUUCCCAUUUAUGCUUUUUUCCACCCUGUUUUCUUCCACAAUUACUGAACCUGGAGAGAAACGCUGGGUCUGCAACUCCUCUGACACAAGUGUUUGGUACUCCUACUGUGAUAACUUGAAAUUCCCUAUUUCAGUAAAUGCCGAGCCCUGUAUAACAUUGAAGGGAGGCCGUGGAAAUCUGUAUCUUUACUACAUUCCAAGAAGAGACAUAAAAAGCUUAUAUUUCAAUAUCUAUGUAUCUUUUAAGUCCGUGAAUUUCCCAGUGCGCAAAGAAGUUAUUUGCCAAGGAUCUGAUGAUUAUUAUUCUUUUUGCAGAGCUCUGAAGGGAGGUCUUCCAACAGCAUCUUGCGGUAAAUGCGACAACCGUCUAGGGACAGGAUCCAGCUCAUUGGCUAACUGAAGUCAGAUGACCAAAAAUCUUCUUAAUUGGUGACUAAAUUUGGGACUCUUCAUUCAGGAAUCGUGCACCAUUUCUAAGGGUAUGGAUACCAGGGCUUGCUGGAUUUCUAUUCCCUGGUCACACAUGGAUGGAAAAGCCUGUGAACUAGUUCUUGAACCACUAGUUUCACCACUGAAAAACCAUUUAUAACCCCACUUUGCUAGUAAGUCACAUUCUGUAAUUGAUCAGAGAAAACGAUUGCAGAAGCUCUGAUAGUCUCUAUAUUGGAGUGUAUCCGUUUGCUGCCAUGUUAGCUUACCACCCUGAGUUCAUAUGCCUAAUAGGGCAAUCCAUUGCUUCUUGGGU